UCUUUCCUUAGCAAAACUUUCUUUCCUUAGCAAAAUAAACCCACUGCACCAUAUACCACCUAGCUUUAUUCACUCUUCGAAUUGAAGAAACCCAUAGCGCAUAUAACCCUAGUGAAGAACACCUACAACGGCUAAAUGUCGGUCGAUUUGAUUCCCUUCUCUGCUAAAUACCAUCGCCGCUGUUGAAGGCUGCGAAGAACACCAUCGACGGCUCUCGAUCGUCAGGUAGCUUGGGAAGAACAUCAUUGGUACGGUCAAUCUCCAUCUUCUGCGAAGAACACCACCGACGGCUCUCAAUCGUCAGGUAGCUCUUCUCCAUCUGGUUUUUGGUUUUGGUGUAGGGGGAUAGGCCUGGGGGUGAGUUAGUUUUAGUAUGACCUGGGUUUAGGUCAGUAUAACCUGGGUUUGAUGUUGGGGGAUUUGGGAAGCUUGAGGGGGUGACAGUUGUUGUGUUUGAUGGGUUCGGGUAGUAAGGGAGUUUGGGGUUUGGUUUGGGGGAUCUAGGAUGCUUGAGGGGGGUCGUAAAACUGUAAAGAGGGAGUUUGGGAUGUUUCAGGGAGAUUGAAGUACUGUAGAGGAAUAUGGGGGUGUUGGGGUUGGGUUAGGACUUCAGAUAAUUAUUGGAUGGAUUACAGGAUGAAUUUCAGUUUCUAUUAUUGUUAUUAUUGGAUGGAUUAUGGACUUCAGAUUCUAAUGUAGUCGUUUUAUUUUCACUUUCCGGAGAUUUAGUGAUUUGGCGUUGUUUAACUGAUUUGUGAUUCUAAAGAUAAGGUCUGAAUUAGACAAUGCUAAGAUGAAAGAGAAGCAUCAAUUCCCGGCACUAGCAGGGUCUAUGUGUGAGUCUGGGAUGACAUAUUUUCAAGGACUACACUUGUUUUGGGAGGGAAGUAUGUUUACUUCAAAAAGUGAGAGUCUAUAAUACGACACUGAAAAUAAAACGUCUUCUUAAGUGAUUUGUGAUUUGUGAUUUCACUUUCUGAGAGUCUAUGCUCUUCUCCCGCAUAGACUCUACUAUUUAAGUUGUUGUUUAAUACAACAGUAGAUUCUUUUAUUAUUAAUUAGUUGGUUGUUUUUGGAUGUUAUAACUAUUUUCCUUCAUAGUGACAGUUUCUUCUGAAAUUGUGGAUAAGCUCUUUAAUAUUUGGAUGGAACUAACUCCUUUUAACCUUAUACUAUGUGAAAAGAAGCUCACUGCUUAUAUCCUAAAGCUACUGCAGUUUCAAUUUAUUAGGUUUACUACAAUUAAUAUCUCACCAAACUUAAGGAACCAUCUUUAUCAUCUAUAGAAGAAAUCAUCUAAGUAUAUGAGAUAAUUAGAAACACUUCUUAUGGCUUAUAGAAAACUACUACUUUUUUUAAUGCAAUUUCACUUUAUUAGUUAAGACUGUUGUUUUCCUAAUUUGCAAAAUCUCCAAAGGCUUCUUUUAAGAUCAAAUAUAUGGAUUGACUAUUCAGGCACGCACAAUCUACAAAUAUUUUGUUUCAGCUAACUUAUAGCUUCCUCAAGAGGUUCGUGUUGAUGUUGCGAAUGGUGUGACUGUCCCUCAAACAGUGAGGUGAUUAGCUAAAAAGCCUAACACAACAGUGACAAUAUACUCAGGCUAUAAUAUAAAUGGUUUUUCCUUUGUAACUAAGGAUCGAGAUUCGAAUCGGGUAACACAAAACAAUGGUGUUAGUCUCGUGACAGAAACUGUUCAAGUUUCCAGCUCUAAGGAUAAAACUCCUUGUUUAGCAUCGAUGAAUUAUUAUGGGGUCCUUGAUGAGAUUCGGCUCUUGAACUAUCUAAUGACUAAGAGAGUUUUUUCAAGUGUUCUUGGGUAGAUAGUAGGCACGUGAAAACUGACAAGUUGGGCUUCACGGUAGUGGAUCUUAAUAAGAUAGGUCAAAAAAUGAUUGUUUCAUUUUAGCUUCCCAUGUCAAACAAGUUUUUUAUGUGAGAGAUCAAGUUGAUCCUAAAAAAUCAAUAGUGUGUUCAGUUGGGCAGAAGGUUAGUAAUGGUAUGGAUGUUGACAGUGAUGAAAUGAUAUUACACGAACCUUUAACUUCACAAUACCCAAACCAUUUCAACGAUGUGGAAGCUGAAGAUGAUGAUCAAAUUUAGCAUAGGAUUGACAUUGAUGCAAUUCCAGUACUCAAUGAGUCUCAAUUACCCUUAUUUAUGUACUUCGUUCAGUAAGUUAUAAGCGUACUUGAAUCAUUCUUCUGUUGUGAUUCAUUACUUUUUUAUUUUCAGUUAUUAAAUAGUAAUCGUAUUUUUGUAUUAUAUGUCUACAAGUGAAAGCAAGCCAUGUCAAAGAAUGAAGAAGUCAUGGAUGAUUUUGAUGUGGACGAGGGGUUGGAUGAUUUGGGCCAAUGCCCUAAAAGGAGACAAAAGACAACGAACAAAAUGAUGCUAAAGAAAUUUGUAGAUGAUAAGGUGGUGGUAAAGGUGAAUAGGUUUGGUGUUCAUGCAGGUAAAGAAUGGACAGAGCUGGCCAAUUAUAUUGGUGUCGUAGUGCGGGAUCAUGAAUGGAGACAUGUGGCAGUUAAACUUAAAGAAGAAAUGUGGAAUCAUCUUAAGGAAUUGUUCGUGUUGAGUGAGAAUUCAAAAAAGCAUGUCUUAGCUACUAUGAGUGAUGGAGUAUAUGGGUCUAAGCCCCAGGACACACAUACUCAGAAGAACAGAAAGCACAAGACACUGAGUGGUGCCCUCGUCGGCCAAGGGACCCCCGCCGGCCGGAAAGGUACCAACUCAGAAUAUGGUCCUGAAUCCAAGGAACCCGGGUGCCCUCGUCGGCCGCGCCCUCGUCGGCCACGAAGACCUCACAGAACCGGAUUUUACACUUACUCAUUUGUAUAGCCCAUUAGUGGCUUUGUAUUCGGCCCAGUAGCGGUCCAGUUGUAAAUGGGCCUCCCAAGCCCAAGGCUUGGGAGCCCAGCCCGUAUUUUCCCUAUAAAUACUUCCUCUGGAGGUAGUUAUCAGGGUUACAAAAUCAUUCUAUUGAAACAUAUUAUUGCAC